CACUAAAAUAAAAAUAUAGCUGAAUUGCCAUCACUGAUAAUCCGUAAAUACAAUAAAUGUCUUUGUUAGAAUUUUACAGCGUAAAAAGAAAAAAUAAUUGUAAUAAUUAUUAAAAUUAAUAAGAAGUUUCCAAUUUCAGACAUGCAAAUUAAGAUGCGUGUUUUUAAAUGUAGUACUCCAGUCUAACUAAAAGUGCCUUAAGCUAUACACUAAAUUUAAUAUAUCGUUUAAUCCAAGGUGCAUCUGAACCCCAUUAUCUAGCAUUAUAAAGGAAAAGGCGUUUGCUGAAAUUUAAUAUCUGCCAUGGGAAAUUGUUUAAAGAUCAAUAGUUCAGAUAACAUUUCUUUAUUGCGCGGAAGUGAGAGCAAUAAUGGGCAGGAAUUUACACCAGAUACGCAAAACACAGGACCUAUCUAUUCGGAACUAAUACAACCAGUAUUUUUCCCCUCUUCCUCGAUCGGACGUUCUGAAGUUGCAACUUUAUCGGAAGAGGAACAAAUUAAAAUCGCCAAACGUAUUGGUCUUAUCCAACAUUUACCUAUUGGGACCUACGAUGGUUCUUCAAAAAAAUCCCGUGAAUGCGUUAUUUGUAUGAUUGAUUUCUGUGUAGACGAGGCUGUGCGCUAUUUACCAUGUAUGCAUAUUUAUCAUGUCAACUGUAUAGAUGAUUGGCUAAUGCGUAGCCUAACUUGCCCUAGUUGUAUGGAACCUGUUGAUGCAGCUUUAUUAAAUAGUUAUGACACAACAUAACAUUAACAUAUAAUUUAAUAUAAAAUUGUUUUAGUAUGUUUAAUUUUUAAUUGUGCAAAUUCAUUUAUACAUAACAUAUAACACAUUAAAUAUUGAAAAAGAAGAAGUAAAUGUGGUGCUAAAAAAUUUGUUUCCGUGAAAGUAUAAAACACCAUAACUACAAAAUCGGCAAAUGUAAAAGAUUUGGGUAAAAUUACGGAAAUGUUACUAAUGAAGGAAACAAAAUUAAAUAUUUAAUUAUAAUUUUAAGAUUGUAAAUAUUGAGAAAAUAAAAGAAUUUACAUGUUAUAAACA